AUGGAAGCUUUUUCAGGAAUUAUACGAAGGCUGGAAGUAGAUGGUCAAAUCAAAUUGCUGCCUAGAUGUAAAGCUCUACAUCUUUCUCACCUUAUAUUUGUGGAUGACCUAAUGAUCUUUGUGAAGGCCAAUCGCGAAUCUGUUUUGGCUAGUUUGGGGGGUCUUGACGAGUUUGCAGGUCUUUCAGGGCUGCAUCUCAAUAGAUCUAAUUCCUCUAUUAUUGUAGGGGGCCUAACCCAAACUAGUAGUAUGGAACUUUUGGAAUUAACAGGUUUCUCUGAGACCACUCUCCUUAUCAGAUCCACCAAACUUUGGCUCGAUAAGUGGCACCCAGAGGGAGUCCUUUUUAAUAGGUUUGGUAGUAGGAUUUGCUAUGAUGCGGGAUCUUAUGUGCUUGCAGCCCAUCAUGCACUUGUCAAGGAAAUUGUUCGGGAUGGAGACUGGCUGCCUGGCCCUUCAACCUCUUUUGACCUUAUUGAUGUGUGGAGAGCCCUCCCCUCCAUUGAUAAGUUGCAUGGUGACAACCCGGAUUUGGUAGUAUGGACUGGCAAUCCGACAGGUAUCUUUUCAACCAAAUCGGCUUGGAAUGCCACCCGUGUGAAGGCCAACCCCGUAGAUUGGAGUGAAGCAAUUUGGUUUGAAGGCAGCAUUAAGUCCCACUCUUUUGUUUCUUGGAGGUGUCUGGUUGAUGCUGUCCCCACUAGGGAUAAUCUUCUUCACAGGGGGAUCCCGGUUCAACAUAGUUGUGAGUUUUGUUGGGCUGGUAUUGAGAGCAGAAACCAUAUUUUCUUUGCUUGCCCUUUUUCCAUUGAUAUUUGGAGGAGGAUCUUUGGUAUGUGUUCUCUUCAUGGACAGGCUCCCAUGAACAUAUUUGAUGCUGCCAUUUGGGUUCGUUAUGCUGCAGGAAGAGCAGGGAGCUUAGGUGUGGUUUUAAAGCUUGCAUUUUGUGCCACUGUCAAGCAUAUUUGGUUUGAAAGAAAUUUCAGAAUUUUUUGGCAAAAGGCUAGAUCUAAGGAUCAGAUUGUGGAAGCUAUCAAGGGGGAUGUUAGGACUAUAGUCACAUCUGGUUCUUUGAGUGGGGAUCCUAGUCCUGCUAAUUCCCACAUUGCUUCGGCCUGGAACUUGCAAGUUCAUUGGGCUAUUAGGAUGCCGAGACCAUGCUCGUGGUUCUUACCUCCUAACAAUUUGUGGUCCCUUCACUGUGAUGGUUCGUUGUCCAAUGGUAGAGCUGCUUUUGGAGGAGUGAUUCGUAAUGCGAUUGGACAACCUAUAGCUGCAUUUGCUAACCAAGGAUCUGAUUCCAAGUUGGCGAAUGACACUAUUUCUGGCAAGGUUGUAGGACCUUGGAAAGUACAACCUCUCAAGAGUAGAAUCCUUGCUUUGGCAAAUGAUUUGAGAAUGAAAGAAUUCACCCAUGUUUGGAGAGAACAAAAUCGACCAUCAGAUUUUAUGGCUGCAGUCCCUUGCGACUCACAUGGGGUAGUUUGGGAUCCUGGAGAUUUCCCCCCUGCCCUUAUUGACUACCUUAAGCAGGACUCAGAUUUUGUCACUUAUUACAGGCCGUAG